CUGGCUUCAGUGCACAGUCACACGAUCUUUAAGGGGAACACAAUGGCGGAAAUUACUGAUAAUCCGUUUCGUUUCCUUGACCUCCCAUUUGAGGUCAGGAAUGCCAUAUAUCAUGUGAUUCUCUGCGAUCCGCCACCUGCAAAACUGCGACGGGUUGAACAGGCUGACCUUCUCUGGCUACCCGAAGGCAUGGCAAAAAUUACGCACCCCCGAGAGAUUCAGAUACUGCACACCAAUCACCAAGUUCACGCGGAAGCUAGAGAUGUUAUGCUUCGGGGCAAUCAGUUCGUUCGAAUCCGUGCGCGGGGAGUCGGCCAAGUCAUCAAGGGGUUUUUCCUAGCCCGUCAAAUCCCCAUCAUUCGCACUACUGCACGCUCAAGGGAGACCUUCAAGGGCUUUGUGAUGACACAUUCCAUCGAGUUGGCUUCUGAUCAGCCUGCAGAAUUUCCUGGCUCCGAGCACGACGCCGAUAUCGAUCUAGUCAUCCUCCAACGUGACCACGGUCUGUUCUGUGAAGCUCUUGCCACAAGGGGUGUUUUGAUGGUCAGGGGAUUUGGCCGUCUCACCAGACACAGAUUAACCAUCCACAAUCCGUUUGAGUCUACCCUGAGCCCUCGGUUCUUGGGAGAGAAAAACCAGGAGAGGCUUCUCCAGCCAUACCGCGACCACUUGCGCGGGUUUCUACACUUCUCAGUCGACGGCAGUGUACGUAGCUCGCUGGCUGAAUCCGUGAAACACGCCGUUGCCAAAGAAGACCUCCCGGAGCCCGAUGCGGUCUUGGCCGAAUUCAAACGCGACAAAGACCUAGGAAACCGCUACUUCAGGCAAAAAGAAUUCCACAAGGCCGCUGAAGCCUACACGACUGGCUAUAUCAAGGUCGCGCUCAUUAGGAACGGUAACCUCUGGUCACAAGUCGCGGCCAGAGGGGGACAGGGCUUCCUCCACGGAGUUUCCGAGACGUAUUACCAGGUCUGCCUCAACUGCGCGCAGAACAUCCUUGUCUUCCUAAGGGAGACAUCAGAAUCCGACAAGACCAAGAUUCAGUACUACUGUGGCAAAGCCGACUACCACGUUAAAUCGGCGAUGGCGGCCGGGGAGAACUUCACGAGCGACUGGCGGCCAAACUUACAGCAGAUGGCAAAGCUGUCGUUCCGAGCCGCGUCAAUAGAGCGUGUUUUGGGAAACAUGGAUGCCGCAAAGUCACUUAUAGAUAUUGCCCGCCAGCAAGCGCCCAGGGACCCGGUUAUAAGACGUGAGGCGGAGGAAAUUGACGCUCUGAUGAGGUCGCAGGCGGGACUCGGCCGGCUAUUGCUUUGAGCAAGUGAGACUGAUCAACGGUGAAAUAACAUACCUAGAUAUGCUUGACUCCGUGACCAUAGGGCCCCGUCUGGUUGACAAUUUGAUGCCCACCGCACUCAGGCUCACGACAGUCGGUGAAAUAUCCAAGUACAGGUGGCCGUGCCUGAUUCUUAUUGUUAUCUCAGCUCCGGAUCCAGAAAAGAGUUUGCUGCAUGUGUGGGCAUCAAAACUCGGUACGGCAGCAGGCUGUAUAUCACGUCGCACUGGA